AUGGAAACCUUAAAUCGUCCUUUAGUUUCUCUGACUCCUCAGCCACACAUCCAGAUCAGGGCUGUAUCUCCUCAUGCGUCAUCUCAGCCAUCACCCCUUGCACCACCUCCUCCACCCCCACCAGUUCCAUCCUCUGACUUCCCCCCUCCUCCACCUGAAAGUAGCUUAACAAUUCUUCCUCCACCGCCCCAUCCACCUCCACCUCCCCCAGCCACAUCUCCCGUUCCACCUCCUUCCCCCACACCAGAAAAGACUGGUUCGCCAGCUAAAAAGGCAAGCAAGACAUCCAGUCCUGGCGGGAAGAAGCCUCCCCCCACUCCCCAGCGCAAUUCUAGUAUUAAAUCGAACAGCUCUGCUGAAUACCAUGAAUCUAAGAAAUCCUCUGUGGACAGCCUAGUCAGCAAGUUCUCUGACUCACCAGGAUCACCAUCAAAGGAGUCAUUACCUCCCGCUGCAGCUCCACCGAAGCCAGUUAAACUAAACCUUUCAGGUGUAAAUUUGCCCAUGGUUUUUCAGCAAUGAAAUCUUUCCAGCCAAGUCCCUGGGACGUUGCCUUCAGGAAAAGUGGCAGUCACCGAGUUUCUAUCUCCACCGUCUGAUUCUGAAUCCGAUUUCCCACCUCCACAAGCAGAUCUUGAGCUCCUGCCACCACCUCCACCACCUGUAGAUGCCCCACCAGUUUUGUUUUCUGGAAAUACUUCUCCAAAGGUGGCUGUGGUAAAUCCACAACCCCAGACAUGGUCAAAAUCUUCUGUAAAGAAAGCCCCACCACCCACCAGACCAAAAAGGAAUGACAGUAUGCGUCUGAUGCAAGCAGAAGUGACAGAAUCACCUACUCCUGUCAGCCCACAAGUACCACCAACUUCACCUAAGCCAAGUCUUAGUGUGCAACCAGGUUUCCUUGCUGACCUGAACAAGACUCUACAGAGAAAAUCCAUUACAAGGCAUAGCUCAUUGUCAUCUGCCCGGUUAUCAAGGCCUGAGCCUACAGCCACCAUGGAUGAUAUGGUACUGCCACCUCCUCCUCCAGAACUGCUAGGAGACAAUCAAAAAGCUAACUGCUAUGGAGGCAGCCAUUUAUCAGGCUAUGCAACAUUACGAAGGGGGCCACCUCCAGCCCCUCCCAAAAGGGACCAGAACACUAAGCUUUCUCGUGAUUGGUAACCCACAUGUAAUAAACUCUUCCCUGCUGGUUCUGCACAUGGAAUUCUGUUGUACCAUGAACUUUAAAUUCUAUGUAUGAUAACCAAUCAAGCUAUGUCACGUUCAGAUAAAGG